AGACCCGGCGCUGGUAACACCGAGGUUAUGGGGUCAAUCCCCCUAUAUUCGCUUAAGAGUGAUUCACUUAAGGCGCGAUGAUCCCUUUGGGUCCCUGCCAGCCCCGAGCAUCCAUCCCGUGGUUCUGUGACAGUUCCAAGCAUGUCUCUGCGGGGCCCGGGAUGAGGAGAGCCUGAUGUAAAGUGAAUAUUUGGGCCUUUUUCUACUCCAACGCGGUGGAUGGUCUUGCAAAAUGAGCAGCGAAGACGAAAUCUCUGAAAAACUGGAUGCAGAAUUGGAUCGCUAUAUUGUGGCUAUGAAGCCUUACAUUCUAAAGCAACAGGAUAAAUACGAACGAGAACUAUGUGCACUGUGGAUUAAAAAACUCUGCAGACCCUCAGGAGCAGGGGUGGGAGUAGAGGGAAGGAAGAAUCGGAACUUGUAUGCGAAACUUCUGCUCCACAUGCUGAAGCGAGGAGUCCUGGAGGGACCUUUUACACAAAAACCAGAGAAAGGAUUGCUGAAAAGUUUACCUUCCUACCUGGCAACUUCCAUUGAAGAACUAAAUUCAGCAGGACUUCUGAGCAAUAGCUCAGGCUCUUUGCCUGAGUGGGUGCUGAGAGAACUAGAGAACAGUGGAGCUAAAGAGGAAUCCUCUUUAUCAACAACACAGGAGGAAAGACCCAAUGAGAAGCCAUCAGAUGUAUCCCAUUAUCUUCGGAGGACAGGGGACAAUGACCUGGGCACGUCACUGUCUGAUGAUCAUCAAGACAAAACUCUGGAUGACAAUGACCUCGAAGCUCGUCUCAAUAGUUGGAAUCUUGGGGUAGAAAACCCAAGAUAUUUGCGAGAAAAACCCGUGCCAAGGUCUUUGAUGACACCUAAAAUUGUCCCAGGGAAAAGGCCUUCUUAUGACCAGCAGGUGCUGCUUCGAGCACAGGAGAGAGAGCUGGAAAGGAAAAUGAAAAUAACAGAAGGUAAAUUCCAUGAAGAAAAACUGAAACUACAACAGAAGCACCAUGCUGAUGUUCAGAAGAUUUUGGAUAGAAAGAAUGAUGAGAUAGAGAUGUUGAAGUACGCCCACAAAAAGAAACAAAAAGAAGCUGAGGAGGAGAUCAGAAGACUGGAGAAAAAAGUUCAGACCGUUGUUCGUGAGUCACAAGUUGUCAGAGAAGCCAAAGAGCAGCAGAUUGAGGAGCUGAAGAAGAUGUGUGAGCAAAGCAAUGACUCCCUGAACAAUGAGUGGGAGAAAAGGCUGCACGAGACUGUGGCUGAGAUGGAGAAGGAGAAGUUCAACCUGCAGAAGAAGCACACGGAGGACAUGAAGGAACUGCUGGAGGAAACCAACGCCCGGCUCCACAAAAUGAAGGAGGAGUAUUUGCAACAGACACAGUCCACUAACGAGACUGUGCAAAAACUGGGGGCUCGUGUCCAGCAGUUGACCGUGGAGGCUGAAAAUAGUCAUUUACUGCAUCAAAAACUGUCUCAGGAGAAGAUUGAAGCAGAGCAGCGUUACGAGGACUUGUGCUCCGAACUUCAGGAGCUCAAAGCAAGGUACAACUUGCUACAGAAAGACAAGGACCACAUUAUGCAGGAGUACAAGGAGAACAUCCAGCGACUACAAAGUAAAUUUGAUGUCGAUAGAGAUCUCAUAAAGCAGGAACAAGCUCUCUCUGCAGCUAAGGCAUCUGAUGUGAUUGAGGAAUUACGGAGGAGUGUGACUCAGUUAAAGCAACAGUUGCAAGAAUCAGAACACCAAAGGCAGCAACAGCUGAGGGAUCAAGAAUACAAGGUUCAGCAGGACAAACUUCACUGGGAGAGUGUGUAUGAGAAGCAGAUUAAUGUCAUUCAGAACGAUCUGGAUAAAGAGAGGGAUGCUCAGAAGAAAAUCCGGAAACUGGAAGAGACUUUGAAGGAGAAGGAGGAGCAGCUGAGGCGGGUGACGGAGGUACAGAGGCUGCAGGCCCAGCAGGCAGGCGCUGCCCUGGAGGAGUUUAAGCGGCAGGUGGAGCUGAACUCAGAGAAAGACUCUGCUGAAAUGAAACAGCGGAUGGCAGAGGUUGAAGCUGAUCUAAGCAGAUCAAAAUUGCUCCGGGAGAAGCAAUCCGAAGAAUUCUCCUGGCAGUUGGAGGAGGUCAAGAAAAGAUAUGAACAACAGAUAGUGGAGCUGAAGCUGGAGCAUGAACAGGAGAAGACGCACCUAUUCCAGCAGCACAACGCAGUGCAGGACUGCCUGGUCCGAGACCAUCAACGGGAGAUCGAGAAGCUGGAGAAGCAGCUUCGCGCUGCCAUGGCAGAGCACGAGAGCCAAAGUCGAGAAAGCAGGAAGCGAGACGGCCAGGUCAUCUGCAACCUGGAGAACCAAAUCCUCAGGCUGAGGGAAGAGCUCAUUCAGGCGAACUCUCUGCGGAACCAGCAGCUGCUGGACCUGAGCUGUCAGAGGGACAAGGAGAAGCUGAAGGCAGCUCGAGAGAAGGAGGCAGCAGUGAAUAAGAUGAAGAUGGAGACAGAAAAAAUGAUCUUAGACCUGAAAAAGAGGCACGCAGCUGAGACGGAGAAGGUCUUGGACAAGGCCAGCAACAGAUUGAAGCAGACUGAGAAGGAGUACAGUCAGAAACUGGCUAGAUCCUCGCAGGUCAUAGCCGAACUUAAGACAACCAUUUCCUCCCUGACAGAGGAGCGCAGCCGGCAGCAGCUCGUGGCGGAGCAGCGGCUCCAGGAAGUCAUACAGAAGUUGGAAGAUGAGAAGCAGCAGCUGAUGACGGAUAAUGACAGAGCAAUCAAGGCCUUGCAGGACGAGCUGGAGAAUUACCGCAGUCAGGUGUACGCGGCCGAGAGGAACCUGCAGCGCCACGAGCUGAAGGCCCAGGAGCAGUUGAUUAAUGUACGAGAAGAAUAUGAAAAAAUCCUUAAAGGGCUGAUGCCAGCAGCCUCAAAAAAGGAACUUGAAGACACCAUUUUAUCUUUAAAAUCUCAGGUAAGUUUUCUGCAGAAAAGAAUCCUCCAGGAAGACCCGAACGCCUGACCCGCCAAAAAGUACGGGAUUAUCUUUGAUCCAUUUGCACCAUUUCACACCUGUGGAUCCCACUUCUUGAAGAUUCACGGCUUAAUUAAAACACUCCAACGGGGUUGCAGUUUUAAGAGAUCCUUAUUUUCAGUAAACAAGCAUCUGAGCAUUUCUUUUUUUCCCUUAGUGCUUAGUCAGGGCUAUUAGAGCAAGAUUAGAGAACUCGCAGGUGCACUGCAAGUCUGGGCUUUGCCUCCACGUUGAGGAUGAGGCAGUGGCUCAGAGCACAGCUGCAGCUCUGCGGUGAUGCCACCCCCUUUCAAGAUAGAAAACAAUGAUGCAAUGCAUAAUAUUACAGAUCACAUCUUCAAAGUGCCGGAUCUCCACGAGCCCCGAGCUUUUUUUUUUUUCCAGACAUUUACACCCUUUCAAUAUAAAUUAUGGCAAGUGGUGCAGCCAUAAAAAGCCUUGCUGUGCCUUUAGAGUGAGUGAUUCACGUGGAGAGGUGAGUACAAGGAAACUUCCUAGGAAAGCCACUCCAUCUUUAUUAUAUUUGUAGGCUUUGAUGAUAUUUCGUAUCUCGCACGAGGGUUUUCUUGUAAAAAUAUUGUGAACAUUUGUAAGCUCUUUAAACAACUGUGGAAAUGUUAGAAGUGUGAAAGUCGCCUGAAAAUAUUAAUCCUAAACUAUUUGUUAUCAGGAGUGAGCUAAAGCUAGUUUGGAAACUGAAAAUGUCAUAGAUUCUUGGUAGUAAGCCCAUUAUAGGUAACUUUGUUAGAUAAAUAUAAAGCUCCAGGCCCGCUGCCCACUGGAACCAACCCUGCUUUCAGCCUGUUGUGUUUUUAGAGUAAAAAUAAUAAGAUAUAACUAACAAGAAUCUCUUCCUUUUCAGGUGUCUGCUGAAACGGUGGAAUCUCUUUGAUUGCCAAAUGGACUGCUUUGAAUAGGUUUGAAGAUUUGGCUCUUGUAAAUUAAAAUGCAAAGAUUACUGGCUCUUUUGUUAGCACAGAAAUUUUCAUGAAGUUCAUGAAAACAUAUUCAUUGCUCGUGCCAGCAUGGUUUUUGUUGUAUCUUCCUUCCAUUAUUUUUUUAUCAUUAUUUUAUUACAGACUUAUGCUUUUGAUAUGGUUUGACUCCAUGCUGAGCUCGCUUACCGAGCAAGUAGACUUUGCUCUACUAAUAUUUUUGUUAUUACUUCCCAAUACCAUUCUUUUCACUCCUAAACAUGAAGAAAAAUCCCAUUUUCUAUUAUUACCGUCCAAGAUAUUUUAACAUAUUUUGACAUUGUUCUGUGUCCGUGUGUUUACAUAAGAUUAAAAUAUUAUUAUUUUGUUAUA